AUGAGCGAGCCGGUGCCGGUGAGGCUGCUGGGCUCCUUCGGGAGCCCGUUCACGCACCGUGCCGAGGCGGCACUCAGGCUGAAGGGGGUGCCUUACGAGUUCAUCCAGGAGGACCUCCGCAGCAAAAGCGAGCUGCUGCUCCGGCACAACCCCGUGCACAAGAAGGUGCCCCUGCUCCUCCACGGCGACGACGACGACGACAUCCGCGUCGUCGCCGAGUCGCUCGUCAUCGUCGAGUACGUCGACGAGGCCUUCGAGGGCCCGCCGCUCCUGCCGGCCGACCCGCUCGCCCGCGCCGCCUCCCGCUUCUGGGCGCACGUGGAGGAGGCCAAGAAGAACCUGGCGCUCAUGGAGGCGCAGCUGGAGGGGAGGCGCUUCUUCGGAGGCGACUCCAUAGGGCUGCUCGACAUCGCCGCCAGCGGGCUCGCCUGGCUCCCCGUGCUGGAGGAGGUCGCCGGCGUGGAAACUAGCAUGAUCCGCGAGGAGGAUUACCCUGCCUUGUGCCGGUGGCGCGGGGAGUACGCCUCCGACGAGGCCGUGAUGAAGUGCUUGCCGAGCAGGGACGAGAUGGUCGCCUACUACGCGGCCAUGAAGGACCGCUUCGUGCUCCAUGCCAAGUCAAUGCACAAGAAAUAA